AUGUCCACACCGGACCCAGCCCUGGGCGGAACUCCUCGGCCAGGCCCUUCUCCCGGCCCAGGCCCCUCCCCGGGAGCCAUGUUGGGACCCAGCCCAGGCCCCUCCCCUGGCUCCGCCCACAGCAUCAUGGGACCCAGCCCGGGGCCUCCCUCGGCAGGACACCCCAUUCCGACCCAGGGCCCUGGAGGGUACCCUCAGGACAACAUGCACCAGAUGCACAAGCCAAUGGAGUCCAUGCAUGAGAAGGGCAUCUCGGAUGAUCCCCGCUACACCCAGAUGAAGGGGAUGGGGAUGCGGUCAGGGGGCCAUGCAGGCAUGGGGCCCCCGCCAAGCCCCAUGGACCAGCAUUCCCAAGGUUACCCCUCGCCCCUGGGAGGCUCUGAGCACGCCUCCAGCCCGGUUCCAGCUAGCGGCCCGUCCUCGGGCCCACAGAUGUCGUCUGGGCCCGGAGGGGCCCCGCUGGAUGGUGCCGACCCGCAGGCUUUGGGGCAGCAGAACCGGGGUCCAACACCCUUCAACCAGAACCAGCUGCACCAGCUCAGAGCGCAGAUCAUGGCCUACAAGAUGCUGGCCCGGGGGCAGCCCCUGCCCGACCACCUGCAGAUGGCCGUGCAGGGCAAGCGGCCGAUGCCCGGGAUGCAGCCACAGAUGCCAGCUCUACCUCCACCCUCCGUGUCUGCAACAGGGCCCGGGCCCAGCCCUGGACCAGCACCUCCAAAUUACAGCAGGCCUCAUGGUAUGGGAGGGCCCAACAUGCCCCCUCCAGGACCCUCAGGCGUGCCUCCUGGGAUGCCCGGCCAGCCUCCCGGAGGGCCUCCCAAGCCCUGGCCUGAAGGACCCAUGGCGAAUGCUGCUGCCCCCACGAGCACACCUCAGAAGCUGAUACCCCCACAGCCGACAGGGCGCCCGUCACCCGCACCCCCUGCUGUCCCGCCGGCUGCCUCCCCUGUGAUGCCGCCCCAGACGCAGUCACCGGGGCAGCCAGCCCAGCCUGCCCCCAUGGUGCCGCUCCACCAGAAGCAGAGCCGCAUCACCCCAAUCCAGAAGCCGCGGGGCCUGGACCCUGUGGAGAUCCUGCAGGAGCGGGAAUACAGGCUGCAGGCUCGCAUCGCACACCGAAUUCAGGAACUUGAAAACCUUCCCGGGUCCCUGGCCGGGGAUUUGCGAACCAAAGCUACCAUCGAGCUCAAGGCCCUCAGACUGCUGAACUUCCAGAGGCAGCUGCGGCAGGAGGUGGUGGUGUGCAUGAGGAGGGACACUGCCCUGGAGACGGCCCUCAACGCCAAGGCCUAUAAGCGCAGCAAGCGGCAGUCCCUGCGCGAGGCCCGCAUCACCGAGAAGCUAGAGAAGCAGCAGAAGAUCGAGCAGGAGCGCAAGCGUCGGCAGAAGCACCAGGAAUACCUCAACAGCAUUCUUCAGCAUGCCAAGGAUUUCAAGGAAUAUCACAGGUCGGUCACGGGCAAAAUCCAGAAGCUCACCAAGGCAGUGGCCACGUACCACGCCAACACGGAGCGGGAGCAGAAGAAGGAGAAUGAGCGAAUCGAGAAGGAGAGGAUGCGGAGGCUCAUGGCCGAGGACGAGGAGGGCUACCGAAAACUCAUUGACCAGAAGAAGGACAAGCGCCUGGCCUACCUCCUGCAGCAGACAGAUGAAUACGUAGCUAACCUCACAGAGCUGGUGCGGCAGCACAAGGCCGCCCAGGUCGCCAAGGAGAAGAAGAAGAAGAAGAAAAAGAAGAAGGCAGAAAAUGCUGAAGGACAGACGCCUGUGAUCGGACCUGAUGGUGAGCCUCUAGACGAGACCAGCCAAAUGAGUGACCUGCCGGUGAAAGUGAUCCAUGUGGAGAGUGGGAAGAUCCUCACAGGCACAGAUGCACCCAAAGCCGGGCAGCUGGAGGCCUGGCUGGAGAUGAACCCGGGGUAUGAAGUAGCUCCAAGAUCUGAUAGUGAAGAGAGUGGCUCAGAAGAGGAGGAGGAGGAGGAGGAGGAGGAGCAGCCACAGCCCGCGCAGCCCCCCACCCUGCCCGUGGAGGAGAAGAAGAAGAUUCCAGACCCCGACAGCGACGAUGUCUCCGAGGUGGACGCCCGGCACAUCAUUGAGAACGCCAAGCAAGAUGUGGAUGAUGAGUACGGUGUGUCUCAGGCCCUCGCUCGUGGCCUGCAGUCCUAUUACGCUGUGGCCCAUGCCGUUACCGAGAGGGUGGACAAGCAGUCAGCGCUUAUGGUCAAUGGUGUGCUCAAGCAGUACCAGAUCAAAGGCUUAGAGUGGCUGGUGUCCCUAUACAACAACAACCUGAACGGCAUCCUGGCUGACGAGAUGGGCCUGGGCAAGACCAUCCAGACCAUCGCGCUCAUCACGUACCUCAUGGAGCACAAGCGCAUCAAUGGGCCCUUCCUCAUCAUAGUGCCCCUCUCAACCCUCUCCAACUGGGCCUACGAAUUUGACAAGUGGGCCCCCUCCGUGGUGAAGGUGUCCUACAAGGGCUCCCCAGCAGCCAGACGUGCUUUCGUCCCCCAGCUCCGCAGCGGCAAGUUCAACGUCUUGCUGACGACGUAUGAGUACAUCAUUAAGGACAAGCACAUCCUUGCAAAGAUCCGCUGGAAGUACAUGAUCGUGGACGAAGGCCACCGCAUGAAGAACCACCACUGCAAGCUGACGCAGGUCCUCAACACGCACUACGUGGCGCCGCGCCGCCUGCUGCUGACGGGCACGCCUCUGCAGAACAAGCUGCCUGAGCUCUGGGCGCUCCUCAACUUCCUGCUGCCCACCAUCUUCAAGAGCUGCAGCACCUUCGAGCAGUGGUUCAACGCGCCCUUCGCCAUGACCGGGGAGAAGGUGGACCUGAACGAGGAGGAAACCAUCCUCAUCAUCCGCCGUCUCCACAAAGUGCUGCGGCCCUUCCUGCUCCGGAGGCUCAAGAAGGAAGUGGAGGCUCAGUUGCCUGAAAAGGUGGAGUACGUCAUCAAGUGCGACAUGUCGGCCCUGCAGCGCGUGCUCUAUCGGCACAUGCAGGCCAAGGGGGUGCUGCUGACCGACGGCUCUGAGAAGGACAAGAAGGGCAAAGGUGGUACCAAGACCCUGAUGAACACCAUCAUGCAGCUGAGGAAGAUUUGCAACCACCCCUACAUGUUCCAGCACAUCGAGGAGUCCUUUUCCGAGCACUUGGGGUUUACCGGCGGCAUCGUCCAAGGGCUGGACCUAUACCGAGCCUCAGGGAAAUUCGAGCUGCUCGAUAGAAUUCUUCCCAAACUCCGGGCCACCAACCACAAAGUGCUGCUGUUCUGUCAGAUGACCUCCCUCAUGACCAUCAUGGAAGACUAUUUUGCAUAUCGCGGCUUUAAAUACCUCAGGCUCGAUGGAACCACGAAAGCGGAGGACCGGGGGAUGCUGCUGAAAACCUUCAACGAGCCCGGCUCCGAGUACUUCAUCUUCUUGCUCAGCACCCGGGCCGGGGGCCUGGGUCUGAACCUCCAGUCGGCUGACACUGUGAUCAUAUUUGACAGUGACUGGAACCCCCACCAGGACCUGCAGGCGCAGGACCGUGCCCACCGCAUUGGGCAGCAGAACGAGGUGCGGGUGCUCCGCCUGUGCACGGUCAACAGCGUGGAGGAGAAGAUCCUGGCCGCGGCCAAGUACAAGCUCAAUGUGGACCAGAAGGUGAUCCAGGCUGGCAUGUUUGACCAGAAGUCCUCCAGCCAUGAGCGGCGUGCCUUCCUGCAGGCCAUCUUGGAGCACGAGGAGCAAGACGAGGAAGAAGACGAGGUGCCUGACGACGAGACGGUGAACCAGAUGAUAGCCCGGCACGAGGAGGAGUUCGACCUGUUCAUGCGCAUGGACCUGGACCGCCGGCGUGAGGAGGCCCGCAACCCCAAGCGGAAGCCGCGGCUCAUGGAGGAGGACGAGCUCCCCUCGUGGAUCAUCAAGGACGACGCCGAGGUGGAGCGGCUGACCUGUGAGGAGGAGGAAGAGAAGAUGUUCGGCCGCGGCUCGCGUCACCGCAAGGAGGUGGACUACAGUGACUCGCUGACUGAGAAGCAGUGGCUCAAGGCCAUCGAGGAGGGCACGCUGGAGGAGAUCGAAGAGGAGGUCCGGCAGAAGAAAUCGUCACGGAAGCGCAAGCGAGACAGCGACGCCGGCCCCUCCACCCCGACCACCAGCACCCGCAGCCGCGAUAAGGACGACGAGAGCAAAAAGCAGAAGAAGCGUGGCCGGCCACCUGCUGAGAAGCUCUCCCCUAACCCGCCCAACCUCACCAAGAAGAUGAAGAAGAUUGUGGAUGCCGUGAUCAAGUACAAGGACAGCAGUGGACGCCAGCUCAGCGAGGUGUUCAUUCAGCUGCCAUCCCGCAAGGAGCUGCCUGAAUACUAUGAGCUCAUCCGCAAGCCUGUGGACUUCAAGAAGAUAAAGGAGCGCAUCCGCAACCACAAGUACCGCAGCCUCAACGACCUAGAGAAGGACGUGAUGCUGCUGUGUCAGAAUGCGCAGACCUUCAACCUGGAGGGCUCCCUGAUCUACGAAGACUCCAUCGUCCUGCAGUCGGUCUUCACCAGCGUGCGGCAGAAGAUCGAGAAGGAGGACGACAGUGAAGGGGAGGAGAGCGAGGAGGAGGAGGAGGGCGAGGAGGAGGGCUCCGAGUCAGAGUCUCGCUCAGUCAAAGUAAAGAUCAAGCUCGGCCGGAAGGAGAAGGCCCAGGAUCGGCUCAAGGGGGGCCGGCGGCGGCCGAGCCGUGGGUCCAGGGCCAAGCCGGUGGUGAGCGACGAUGACAGCGAGGAGGAGCAGGAGGAGGACCGCUCAGGAAGUGGCAGCGAGGAAGACUGA